AUGAAGGCGGCGGAGCGACGUGCGCUGUUUGGGCGCGUGUUGCGCGAGGUGCCGUGCAUGCUCGACCGGCUGUCGGACGAGGACAAGGCGCGCCUGGCGGCGACAUGUUGGAGCGUGCUGGAGGCGGUGCUGCGCGGGUGCCGGGCGGUGCUGAAAGUGAGCAGGAGCGACCCUGUGCUGCAAGUCCUGGCGCGGCGCAUGGAGGAGGGUCCGUGCCAUGGCUCGCUGAAGGGAGGCACCAUGCAGGUGUUGGCAACGGACGCGGGGCAGCUGCUUGCGGCGAUGGAGAAGGUCGACGAGGCCUUCGUCGACGUGCACGACGACGGCAAUGGCGCCGACGACGAGGCGACGGAGGUCGCGAAGUGGUACAACUGCGCGUGGCUGCUGGGGAGCGGGGCGCGCGACGAGGACGCGGCGCGGGUGACGGGGCUCGUCGCUCCGCAGUGGGCCCGCGUGCCGCCGUACGUGACGACGGACGUGGUGACGGUGUCGCAAAUCCUAUCUUCAAGCGGCGUCAGACAGCACCUGCGCUCCCUGCAGAUCUCGCUGGUGUUCAGGGAGUCCCCGCUGGUCGAGCGGCUGGAGUGGUCGCUGCUGGACGCCAUGUGCGGCCUCUCGGCUCUGCGCCACCUGGACAUCGAGGUCGCAGCGCGCCCCGUGGAGGACCUGGUGCGCGUGAUCAGCACCUGCAGCUCCCUCACGAGCCUGACCCUCUCGCAGGCAAAGUUCGACUUCGAGCAGACGCGCGUCUUCCUCGACGGUCUAGAUCGGGCCAGUCAUCUGCGGCGCCUGCGCCUGCGCGAAGUGCGGUUCCGCCACCGUCGGGCGAGUUCCGCCUCGGAGUCCUCGUGCUCGGAGGACGACGACGACGAUGAAGUACGACCGCCGCCGUCCCACCUCGAGGCGAUCGAGGUCGACAGGAGCGACCGUCCGUACUGCUGGCAGGACGCCACGAACCUGCACGUGCUGGAUGUGCGUGACGAGGGCGCGGGGGAGAGGUCAAUGUCUUGCUGGGAGGACGUUGCGGACCUGAUUCGGCGGAGUCGGGCGCUUCGGCGGGUGAAGCUGUCCUGCGAUCACACCAUUGCCGAGGAGGGCCUCUGUGCCGUGGUCUCAGCGCUGGAACAGAGCACUGUCGAGGUGUUGUCGUGCACGUGGUUGGCCCGCGCGCAGACGAAGGCGCCUCUCACGCAGGCUGUCGUCGCGGCGGUGAAGGCCAACACUUCGUUGCGCGAGCUCGAGCUCGUCUGGGACACGUUCUCGGAGCCCAAUGACUGCGUCGACUGGGCGGCAGUUGCGCAGGCGCUGCGCGGCAACACGACGCUGCGGGUGCUUCGCAUCGCUGAUAGGGAGAUGGGCGAUGCCAGCGCCGCCGCAUUCGCUGACAUUCUCCGCGCCGACACGCUCGAGGAGUUCUGCCUGCAAGCACACACCACAAUCUCGCCAAAGGGCAUCGCUACGAUGUCGCGGGGGCUGACCUUGAAUGCCCGGCUCCAGGUCCUGCGCAUGGACAUGUGCCCGGAGCUCUGCAGCAGCGAGCAAGAGGCGGCCGACUGCAUGGAGAGGCUCGUGGACGCGCUGUUUUGCGGGCGUCGGUGCAACAAAGACCCCUUACGUGACGGAUGGUUGCUGGGGGGGGCGGUGCGCUGCGGACUGCGAACGCUAGAGAUCUGCGACUUAUCGAUGGGCGACGAGGGCGCGCGGCACAUCGCGGCUGGCUUGUCGAGCGAGAUGUGCGUGCUGCGGGAGCUGGUCCUCCGCAACGUCAACAUCGGGGACAGCGGCGUGACGCACAUCGCGAGGGCUCUGGCGUCUGACCGCUGCCCGCUGGUGUCCCUGGAGAUCACCAGUCUUCGGCUCACGGACCGAGGGCGCGAGAGCCUCGCGAAAGCAUUGAUCAAGAACACCACGCUGCGGCGGCUGAAUCUCGCGACCAUCGUCGAGAGGGUGGUCCCCGAGGUGUGGCCAACAACCGGCUUCCGGUACGUCGAUAAGACCGUCGAGUGGACGCCGCUGGCCGAGCAGCUGCUGGACGCGCAAAAGUACGCGGCUGCGAGGCGCCUGGUGGACGUCGGGCACGGACGCGGCGACCUCGCGCCCCAGGACUGA